AUGGGGUCCCUGGAGCUGCCUUCAUCUUCCACCUCCGACGCGGAGCAAGGACGCGCCGCUGCUUCGCCGCUGCCACUCCCUCCUGGAGCCAGCAAAGUCGAUAACUCCAGCGAACUCCACGCAGACGGGAAGUCGUCACUCUCGGUCUCUCCGUACCAGCACGACGGAGAGGAAGAACAAAGGGGUACCACCAGUCCGCUCCCCGCCCGCCGGCGAGAGAGGGAAGAUCCGGAGCUGCUCCACCUGCAAAGAAACAGGACUCCGGAGUCGCACGUCGAGGCCGGAGCCAACCUCGCCGUGGCGGAGAAGCGACCAAGAGACAAAAACUCCACAGCACGGCCGCCGUCUCCGGCACGGCAACCACACCCGGAGACUAACCGGACCACCAGCACCUCCAGAAGACCUCUCCCCCUGCCACCACGGCCAGCCAGAGAAGCCCCCAUGAAGAAGAACAAGAGGACCACCAAAAGCCAGAGCUCCCACACCGACCCCCUCCUCCCCUCGCCGCCACGGCCGGCCGGAGAAAACAAAUCGGAGAAGAGCGCCAGACGGACCACCUCCGCAACCUCCCCGGCAACGCCGGAACGGGGAAAGGAGGGGGAGGACCACGCCCGCACCACCGACGCCAUCGCCACCGUCUUCGAUGCCGUCGCGAGGACUAAUUCGCCGUCGCCUCCAAUUGACGCCGCCCGUGGGCGAACGAACCCAGCUUUUGUGAUGCCACCCACAUCCGACUUGCACAUCAGCGAUAGUGAUGUCCGCGCCAAGCCCGUCUUCUGA